GGCAGCACGAUGCCGCGCUCCUUCCUGGUGAAGAAGCACUUCUCGGCUAGCAAGAAGCCCAACUACAGCGAGCUGGAGAGUCAGGCCGUGCUGGCUGCCCCGCUGCUGUACGAGACGUGCCCGCUGCCCGUCAUCCCCCCGCCCGAAGUGCUCGGCCCCGGUGCUUACUAUCCGCCACUGGUGUGGGACGCGGGGCUUCUCUCCAGCCUCUUCCCGGGCGGCCCGGGCAGUGAGGCGGCGGGCGGAGCGGCUCCUGCCCUGGACCUGACCGCCCUCUCCAGCGAGGAGGAUGAAGGCAAGAGCUCGGGGCCCCCCAGCCCAGCCUCGGCCCCCGCCGCCGCCGAGCGCUUCCGCUGCGCCCAGUGUGCCAAGGCUUACUCCACCUUCGCCGGGCUCUCCAAGCACAAGCAAUUGCACUGCGACGCCCAGGCCAGGAAAUCCUUCAGCUGCAAGUACUGCGAGAAGGAAUACGUGAGCCUGGGGGCUCUCAAGAUGCACAUCCGGAGCCACACACUGCCCUGUGUCUGCAAGAUGUGCGGCAAGGCCUUCUCCCGGCCCUGGCUGCUGCAGGGCCACAUCCGGACACACACCGGUGAAAAGCCCUUUUCCUGUACACACUGCAACCGGGCCUUUGCUGACCGCUCUAAUCUCCGCGCCCACCUGCAGACCCAUUCAGAUGUAAAGAAGUACCAAUGCAAAACCUGCUCCCGGACUUUCUCCCGUAUGUCUCUGCUCCACAAGCACGAGGAGACGGGCUGCUCUGGCUCUCGCUGAGGACUCUGCUCCCCCAGGCCUCUCACCACGCAAAUACCUAUCUUAUAACUAGUUUCUGUAGGAGUUAGUUUCCUCCGUCGCCAUCGCAGUGUGCGCCGGGCUGGCUGCAGUUCCUCUGGCGCUGGAGACUUGCUCACACUCCUGGCUUGGUGCCUUCUCUGCAAUGUGAAGGCCUGAUGCUUCUCCCAUCCUGGCGUUUGAGGGUGCAGGAUCGGACUCCGGUGCAAAGCGUGGGUUACAAAGCGAGUGUGAAACUCGGGGGGCACAGCAGGUUGCCCCUGCUUGCCAGGGGCACUCAGCACCUUGCAGGGUUGGACCAGCACCCUGACCCCACCACCGGUAUCAAACAUUGCGACCAUGUAGCUGGGGGGGGGGGCGGCUGUGUUUUGAUUUUGUUUGUUUCUUUGUGUUUUGUUUCUUCCAUAACCACUUGGUAACUUCUAAGAACCAAUAUUUUCUUAAUGAAGGACAAAAUGUUACCCCCCUGCCCCAAAUGUAUAUAUGCCGCCUGUAGAAGGUGUAACUAUGCAAUAAUACAGUAUCCCAGUAGUUGUGAAGCAGCUGCUUCUCCCCAGCACAAUGACAAUUUGCAAUGCCUGCGAGAUUAACAGUGUCCAUAAAAGGCAUGGGUAGCCAUUUCAAACACGAACCCUGUUUACAGAGAGCUAUGCACUCAAGCACCUGUUAAUAUGACUCUUAACAACUGCUUUUCAAGAGAACUGUGACUAAUAGCAGGCACUUGUCAGCCGAUACAAUGGUGGCCUGUCCCAAGGCUGCCCAUCGACAGGUGUGUGCCAAAAGCCCUAUUUAUGGGUGUUGACAGGUGCCUCCUGAAUGCAUCUUUCUUUGGACAUUGUUUUCAUGGAAUCAUUACAAAGAGGAUGUUUACAUUUCAAAGGUACACUGGUAUUUAUAUUUUUGUGCUACAAUUUUGUACUGAUGAAACUUUUUAUAUAAUUAUAUACAGUUUAUUGAUAUUCAAUAAAAUGGUUAAUUUAUAA